AUGUUCUUGAAACCGGUCCGCGAUGCAUCUCGUGCCAAAGGAGAACGUGCGAUGUUGGACAAACAGGUUAAGACCUUCCCGGUUUCAGUGCGCGAGCCCUUGCAAACGCCGUUGCGCGACGGGGACGAGAAGACCAUCCGACGUGGGGACCGAAUACGUUAUGUAAUUGGAAUCGAAUUGGCCAAAGCAGUGACCGCAGGGAGUCCGCAGGGGCGCAGCCGCAGCGCGUUUACGUACGCAUCUUUGGCCAAGUUUGGUGAUAGUCCGAAGCGCCCUGCUGCACCUCACUCCCUUUCCUCGUUGUUCUCUGCAGGCUCUCAUUUUUACGACUACACAGCACUCAGUCAGAACAUGGCAACGGCGGGACUUGGCACAGAAAUUGUCUCGGUCGUCAACAAACUCCAGGAUGUGUUCACCGCCGUAGGCUCAUCGGCAUCCCAAAUAGACCUUCCGCAGAUAUGUGUGCUCGGAAGUCAAAGUAGCGGCAAAAGUAGCGUGCUAGAGAACAUUGUCGGGCGAGACUUCUUGCCUAGAGGGACGGGUAUUGUGACGCGGCGUCCAUUGGUUCUCCAACUUAUUAACCGCCAACCGCCUCCCCAUUAUCCGAAUGGUAGUGCUGCUACCAAAAUCGACGGGGACGAUAAGCACGCCAACGAGCAUGAAUGGGGCGAAUUUUUGCACCUGCCAGGCGAGAAGUUCUACGACUUCAACAAAAUUCGGGCAGAGAUCGUUCGCGAUACUGAAGCCAAGACGGGGCGCAACGCGGGCAUCUCACCACAGGCCAUCAACUUGCGCAUCUUCUCCCCCAAUGUCCUCACAUUGACACUUGUCGAUCUUCCUGGUCUCACAAAAGUGCCUGUAGGAGACCAGCCGCGGGAUAUUGAGAAGCAGAUCAGGGACAUGUUGCUCAAGUAUAUCUCCAAACCGGCGUGUAUCAUCUUGGCGGUAACAGCUGCGAAUACGGACUUGGCAAACUCAGAUGGAUUGAAGCUAGCUCGGGAGGUGGAUCCAGAGGGCCAAAGGACUAUCGGUGUUCUGACCAAAGUUGACCUGAUGGACCAAGGCACUGAUGUCGUAGACAUUCUUGCUGGUCGGGUCAUUCCCUUGCGGUUGGGCUAUGUCCCUGUAGUCAAUCGUGGUCAGCGCGAUAUUGAUAGCAACAAGCCCAUCAGUGCCGCAUUGGACUUCGAACGUGAGUUCUUCGAGAACCACCCGGCAUACAAGGGCAAGGCGCAAUACUGCGGCACACCCUUCCUUGCGCGGAAACUGAAUGUGAUCCUCAUGGCGCAUAUCCGCGCGACCCUUCCCGACAUCAAAGCUCGCAUUGCACAGCAACUGUCGAAAUUUAACGCCGAGCUGCAAAGUUUGGGUGGGCCGCUUGGGGACGGCAGCUCCUCCAACGUGGUUCUUUCUGUUAUCACCGAAUUUUGCUCUGAAUUCCGCACGACAAUCGACGGUAACACGAACGACCUGUCUGUGAAUGAGCUUUCCGGCGGUGCCCGUAUCAGCUUCGUGUUCCACGAAUUAUUCAACAAUGGCGUGAGGACCAUUGAUCCGUUCGACCAGGUGAAGGACGGUGACAUUCGCACGAUCUUGUACAACUCUUCGGGCUCGACACCAUCGCUAUUCGUCGGUACCCAAGCAUUUGAAGUCAUUGUGAAGCAGCAGAUCAAGCGGCUGGAGGACCCAAGUCAGAAGUGUUGCCAGCUCGUAUAUGACGAAUUGAUCCGCAUACUCGGUCAAUUGCUGGCGAAGAUCCAAGCAUUCCGGCGCUAUCCUGCCUUGAAAGAUCGCUUCAAUCACGUGGUCGUCAACUUCUUCAAGACUGCCAUGAACCCAACGACAAAGCUUGUGUCGGACCUGGUUGCCAUGCAAGCGUGUUACGUCAACACAACGCAUCCAGACUUCUUGAAUGGCCUCAGUGCUAUGGCAAUGGUUAGCGAACGCAUGAACGCAGGCAAGCCGCCACCACAAGAUGUCAAGGGCGGCAAGCUUACGGCCGCACAAAUCAAUAACAACCGCGAUCUUGAUGUUGAGGCGAAGAAAGACGAUCAGAGCUUUUUCGGGUCGUUCUUCUCUGCUGCUAAGAACGCGCCCAAGAAGAAGGGUGUCGCAAUUAUGGAUGCACCACCGGCGAACAUCCGACCGCAGGCUGCGUUGAACGAGCGUGAGACCAUCGAGACGGAAGUUAUUAAGCUUCUUAUCCACUCAUACUUCAACAUCGUCAAGCGCGAGAUGAUUGACAUGGUGCCGAAGGCCAUCUCGCUGACACUUGUGACUCACUCUAAGGACGACCUCCAGCGAGAGCUAUUACAGGAAUUGUACAAGCCUGAAGUACUGGAUGACCUCCUCAAGGAGUCUGAGUACGUUGUCAACCGCAGGAAGGAGGUCAUCCAGAUGGUGCAGGCGCUUAACAAGGCGGAGGAGAUCGUCUCUGGAGUUUGA